CCGCCAUAACCCACUUUCUUUCUUUCCUUCUGUGUGUCAUCUCUCCAUUGCUCCAAGAACCUCCACUCUUUCUCAUGGAGUCUCCGUCUACUUCUGAACAGAAUCCAAUUCACUCCCAAAUCAAAGAACUGUUGAACGAACAUAACCGAGAUGGUUUCUUCGACUUCGUCAAUUAUCUCUUCUCUGAGGACGAAGCCCUCCGCAACCCCGCCGACUCCCUCUACAACAUCGUCAUGAACGAGUAUCCGAAUGCUCUUUCUAACAAGCUCGCCUUAGCCAUCAACAGCAGUCCUGAUACCCAAACCAGAUUUCGCUGCUCUACCCUCUUCUCCCGUAAUCUUGCGGCUAAAUCUCCCCUCAUCCACCAUAUUCUCAACAAAAGAUUCAAGACCUUCUUUAUCCAGCUCCUCCAGGAUGAGGAGGAAUGGGAGAUCCUCAAGAUUCACUGCGCCUGUGUUUCAAGCAUAGCUGCUCUGCUUUUACCCAAGCAAGAUUGGCCCGAAUUGGUGGUAUUGAUGUUCGAAUGGUUAUCUUCUCCAAACUCAACACUUACAAGAUGGGCCUCUGUUGUUUUGCUCUACGAACUGAUUCCAAAAUGUCCUGAUACUUUUAGUCCCUAUGUCGAAACUAUAAGUUUAGAGUUUAAGCGGUUACUGGAUCAGGACGAUAACAGAGCCAGAAUCGCCACUGUUGGUGCCGCGGCGAAGUUUAUUUUGCACUUAGCUACUCCUUCAAAUCAUAACCAGUAUUAUGGUCUGUUGACCAGAAUGAUCACGGUAUUGGGGGAUGAUGUUUAUGAUCAAGAUCUUGCGUGUAAUGCCCUUGAUGCAAUGGCUAUCUCGGCCAAAGCAAAACCAAGCUUCUUCGCACUUCAUAUUAAGUACUUGGCAGAGGCAAUGCUUGUGAUAGCGAGCGAUACUAAUUUGAACGAAAAGAUGAGGAUACUAGCAGUUAACUUCUUCAUCACAGUGGCUGAGGGCGGAGAUGAAAGUAACGCAAUGAUUCAGAAUCUGCCCAGUAAUCUAAUUGAAGACUUGCUGACACAGUUGCUUCAAAUGCUGAUGUGCGUUGAGGAUGACAUUUCUUGGAGCGAAGCAGAUGUUUAUGAUAUGAAUGCAGGCAAAACGGCUAUGUCCUGUUGUGCUGAGGAUGCUUUGAGCAGACUGGCGAUAGUCCUGGGUGGAGAUGUAGUUGUGCCCAAUUCUCCUGAUUCGCUCCCAGAUUUCUUUGAAGAUGAUGAUUGGAAAAAGCGCUAUGCUGCAGCAGGGGCCCUUGGCUUAAUUGCAUCAGGUUGCUCAAAGAUGUUAGUACAAUACCUGGAAGAGUCAUUGGAAAAAACAAUGGCACUAGUUAGUGAUCAGCACCCUCGCGUGCGCUGGGCAGCUAUCUAUGCAAUUUCUGAAUUCUCAAAGUACCUGAGUCCCUUUUUUCAAGAACAGUGUCAUCAACAAGUUAUUCCUGCUUUAUCAGAAGUCAUGGAUGAUUUUAGCAACCCCAGAGUGCAGACAUAUGCAGCAAGGGCAAUGUCAAAAUUCUGCCAGAAUUGCUGUUCAAAUAUAUUGAAACCAUACCUGAAAGAAAUGAUUAGCAAAUUGCUUAUGUUCCUGCAGGCAGGAAAGACAUUUUUGAAAGAAACAGCUUUGACUGAGUUAGCCUCGUUAGCUGAUUCAACCAAGGAUGAUUUUCGACCAUUCUAUCCCAUGGUUAUGCCCUACCUAAAACUUAUAUUAAUAACAGAAACUUCCAAUUGCAUGCUAGUUGCCAAAACCCUAGAGUGCAUCACUUUGGUUGCAGUGGCUGUGGGAAAAAGUGUAUUCUCUACUGAUGUUGAAGAGAUUGUUAACGUUCUUCUCUCAGAACAUAACCGUGUUGAUAUGGAUGAUCAAGUGAAAUGUUAUUUGCUCCAAGCAUGGGGGAGAAUAUGCGUAUCUUUAGGGGAGGACUUCCGUCCUUACCUGAGUGCUUCUGUGCCUCUGUUGAUUGAGUCUGCUAAACUGGAAGAUCACCUAAAGAAUAAUUUUGGGAAUUUCAAGCAAAGAAGCAUUAUCUUGAAGGAGAUGUUGUGGGCCUGUAAUACGAUACGCUGCUUUGCUAUUCAUAUCAAAGGAGGACUGCAUUUGUGGAUUAAAAAGGUUUUAAAUGGUGUACUUCCACUUGUCAAUUUUAAAUUUGAUGAAGAAGUUAGAGUAGCUGCAAUAUCAGUAAUGCCAUUGCUGUUGCGAUCAGCUGCUACUGCUGUGGAAAACGAGCUUCCUAUUCCAGGAUUUUUAGAUUCUCCGAUCAUUACUUUAGCUAAGAUCAUAAUCCCAACUUUGGUUGAAGCCUUAGCGGCACCAACCAUAAAAACUCAAGCGCAAGCAUUGGUGGCAUUGAAAGAAAGCAUGCAGAUUGCUAGUACUUGGGAACCUGAUAAGAAAGAAAUUCUUGACAGCAUAUUGAUGGUUCUCUCAGCAUGCUUCAACAGGAAAAAGGAAAGAGAAAAUAUGGCAAAGUAUAGCUUAGACUUUAGGAAGCCUGAACUGGUCAAGGAGGAAAUUCAGGAGGAGCAAAAUGUUUGCAGAGAAGUUCGCAUUUGCGUGCAAAUUUUGUUAAAAAAGCCCGAUGCUGAAAAGCUCUUCUCUACAAUUCUUUAUGUAAAACAUAUGUGGAAAAAGGAUAGUACACCUGAAGAAAGAAAAAUGGCCUUGAGCAUUUUUAGUGACAUUGCAGUGUAUUGCAGAGAACAAGGUUUAAGGCUAUAUACAAAAUUUAUUCCAUCACUGUUGGGAGCUUGCAAUGAUACAAAUCCAGACAUUCAACAGAUCGCUAUCUGUGCAAUUGCUAUAUAUGCUGAGUUUGGUAGAGAAGCGUUUAAGCUGCAUCUUCAAGAUGGACUCGCUAGUCUGGAAGCUAUAUUUCAGCCCCCUGGUGAAAGUAGCCUAGAACGCUCCAUGACAAAAGAAGCUGCCGUUUCUGCUUAUGGGAAACUCUGUUUCUUCCUUUGUGAAGAAAUUAAGUCGUACCAGAAUAUAGACCUGUGGCUCUUCCAUUUGCCAUUGAAAUGUAAUUUCGGUGAAGCCAAAACUGCCCACAGACUGCUUUGUUCCAUGGUUGACAAGCCAGAGACUAUGGUUACUGGUCCCAAUGAUGAGUAUGUUAGAAGAAUAAUUACAAUUAUGGCCGAGGUUCUGUGGGCUGGAGAACAUAUAGCCGAGGAAGAAACCAAGAGCAAGAUGAUUCAACAGUUGAAGAUGUUCAGGCUCAAACUGGGAGACAAAUUUGUAGCCAUAUGUAAAGCAUUGCCUCCGGCUCUGCAGAACACAUUGCGCACCUACUUGUAAAUACAGCUCAUCUCAGAACAUGCAUUUAUGCUUUAGUAGAAUUGAAUACCCUACCCUGUCCCUGUACAUGAAUCAGACUUUCAAAACAUGACCUAUCUGUGUUCUGUUCUUUUUUUUUUUUUGAAAGAGUGUUCUGUUCUUAUUGAUGAUUA